CUCCCCCACCCCCCAAUGUGGGGGGAGAAUUCCCAGAAAAUCCCGGAAUUUCGGGAUAACGAGACCCCAAUUUUUGGGAAUUUUUGGGAAUUUUUGGGAAUUCAAGCUCCGGGAAUCCCCCGGAAUUCCGGGACGGCUCCGGAUUCUCCUCCUUUUCCCAGGUUUUUUUUGGGAAUUGAAGGAAAAAUCGGGAAUUUUGCUCCCCCCUGGGAUUUCCUGGGAUCGUUUUGGGAACCUCUGGAAUUUCCCAAAUUCCUCCCCCCCCCAAAAAAAAUUCCAAGAGUUUCGUCCUGUUCCAAGAGUUUUUAUUGGAUUGGGGAUGGAAAAAGCGGAAUUCCCGGAAAACCCCGAAAUCCUGGGAAUUUACACCAAAAUCCUGGGAAUUCACACCAAAAUCCUGGAAUUUCAGCCCAAAAUCCUGGGAAUUUACACCAAAAUCCUGGAAUUUCAGCCCAAAAUUCUGGAAUUUUAUCCCAAAAAUUCCCGGGAUUUCAGCUCUCAUCAAUUCCCAGGAUUCCAGAUCAGAAUUCCCAGGAUUCCAGCCCAGAAUUCCCGGAAUUCCACCCCCAAAUUCCCGGGAUUUCAGCCCAGGAUUCCAACCCCCAAAUUCCCAGGAUUUCAGACCCGAAUUCCCGGAAUUCCAGCCCCAAAUUCCCGGGAUUUCAGCCCAGGAUUCCAGCCCAGAAUUCCUGGGAUUUCACCUCUCAUCAAUUCGCAGGAUUCCAGAUAAGAAUUCCCAGGAUUUCAACCCCAAAUUCCCGGAAUUCCACCCCCAAAUUCCCAGGAUUUCAUCCCAGGAUUUCAACCCUGAAUUCCCAGGAUUCCAGAUCAGAAUUCCUGGAAUUCCAGCCCAGAAUUCCCGGAAUUCCAGCCCCAAAUUCCCGGGAUUUAUUUGAAGAUCUUUCCCUGGUUGAAGGGUUCUGAAUUCCCAGGAUUCCAGCCCAGAAUUCCCAGAAUUCCAGCCUCGAAUUCCCAGGAUUUCAACCCCAAAUUCCCGGAAUUCCAGCCCAAAUAAUUCCCAGGAUUUCAACCCCAAAUUCCCAGAAUUCCAGCCCAGAAUUCCCAGGAUUUCAGCCCCAAAUUCCCAGGAUUUCAACCCCAAAUUCCCAGGAUUUCAGCCCUGAAUUCCCAGAAUUCCAGCCCAGAAUUCCCAGGAUUUCAGACCCAAAUUCCCAGGAUUUCAGCCCCGAAUUCCCAGGAUUCCAGCCCAGAAUUCCCAGGAUUUCAACCCCAAAUUCCCGGGAUUCCAACCUCAAAUUCCCAGGAUUUCAGCUCUCAUCAAUACCCAGGAUUCCAGAUCAGAAUUCCCGGAAUUCCAGCCCCAAAUUCGCAGAAUUCCAGCCCCAAAUUCCCGGGAUUUCACUUGAAGAUCUUGCCCUGGUUGAAGGGUUCAGAAUUCCCAGGAUUCCAGCCCCAAAUUCCCAGAAUUCCAGCCCAAAUAAUUCCCAGGAUUUCAACCCCAAAUUCCCAGGAUUUCAGACCCAAAUUCCCAGGAUUUCAGCCCAGGAUUCCAGCCCCGAAUUCUCGGAAUUCCAGCCCCAAAUUCCCGGAAUUCCACCCCCAAAUUCCCGGGAUUUCAGCCCAGGAUUCCAACCCCCAAAUUCCCAGGAUUCCAGAUCAGAAUUCCCGGAAUUCCAGCCCCAAAUUCCCGGGAUUUAUUUGAAGAUCUUGCCCUGGUUGAAGGGUUCAGAAUUCCCAGGAUUCCAACCCCGAAUUCCUGGAAUUCCAGCCC